CUUGACAUCCUCUGUUCCGACUGCAACUCGACCAUCUAAAUGACGACCCCUUCUUCGUCUCCCCCGUACAUGCGCACCACGAAACUAUAGAAGAACCUAACGCUCCUUUUGCUCCGUCGCAACCUUUCCCGCGACCGUCGCACAUACACCAGAUUGAUCCUGGCUUGGAAUUCCACAUCCCUUUUACCCCCUCGGCCGGUUCGUGAGGCAUCAUGACCCAGGCUAUCUCAACCUCGUGCCCCCCAAUUAUGGAGGGGAGCGCCCGAGCGCCCGUGAUCCAUCUCCCCGACGGUCAAGUCCAGAGGUCCUCCACGCUCCUAUCGCCGACCCCAAAUCCCACCCACUAUCGCAACGGUCAUGUCAACCUUGACACCUUCUCACCCGUCAAUGAGAACGGUAGCUUCGAGUUCGACCGAGUCAUCAAGACUGGAAAAGUGUUUCGUCGUGUGAAGCACAAACAUGCCUUUAGAGCUUCGUGGAAACCGGCUUACCUUGUCCUCCGCCCAAACCUUCUUUCCGUGUACAAAGAUGAAGAAACCACCCGCCUCCGUGCCUCCAUCACCUUGUCCGAAGUAACGGCCGUCGCUUCUGUCCGGUCGCCCCGAUCGAACCGACAGUACGUCUUUGGCAUAUUCUCUCCUUCCAAGAACUACCGCUUCCAGGCCGCGACGGACAAGGAGGCCGAGGAUUGGAUCAGAUACAUCCGCGCCGAGACACGGAUGGACGAAGAUGAAGAGGCUUUUCUGGCGCUGUCCAAACCGGGGGAUGCUGCGGCAGCCAGCAGUAAGCGUCGAGUAUACGAUACCACGGACCACUCGGACUUCGACCAGCGCGGACGGCCCAGCUCUCCCGAACUGGGGGGCGCGCUGUCGCCCGCGUACAAGUCGAGGCGCUUCGCCUCUCCUCAUGACCACUCGGCGAACGACAUCACCUCGUACUCGGAAUGGUCGGACGGGCCUGGAAGCAACACCAGCGUCCGCCUGCGGUCACCCUCGGCGCAUAAUCGGUCUGCAUCGGCCCUUGCGGAGGGAUCGUCCUCGAAUGCGCGGGAGACGGGCCGGGUCAACGACGCCGGGGUCCUGCGUGAUCCCGAAAGGGUCGUGUGCAACGGCUAUCUCCAGUGUCUUCGGAUCAAGGGCUCUAUGCGGCAAUGGAAGCGGUUAUGGGUGGUUCUCCGACCGAGUGGCCUGGGCUUUUACAAGGAUGAGCAGGAAUACUCCGCCAUCAAGAUCAUCCCGAUGUCUCAAGUGAUCGACGCCGCCGAAAUCGACCCCAUGUCCCGGUCCAAGAAUUUCUGUCUGCAGAUUAUCGCGGAAGAGAAAUCUUAUCGCCUCUGCACGGCGGACGAGGAAUCGCUGGCCAAAUGGCUGGGAUCGCUGAAGAGUAUCCUCGUGGCGCGCAAGAAACUCGAACCCACCCCAGCAGGGACCACAGGCGCAGCCGGACUGUCCUGAGGGAGGAGAAGAAUGAACAAGUAAUCAGAAGUUGUAAAAAAGAUAAAAAGAAAAAAACAAACCAGCAAGCAAUUAGCAGACAGAAAAGAAACAGAAACAGCCAAG